CUAAGAUGACGCCGAUAUGACAUAUUCGAGAAUCGCUAAUCAGCCCUUGAUUGAUUGGAUGCCGAGGAAAUAGGGGACUCGUAUGAAUUCACAAGAGACGGCGAAACGGCAGCGGAGACUCCAUUAAUCAAGAUGUCAAAAGUAGCCUGGCCAUCUGCAGAUACGAGCAACGAAAGCGACGAUUUGGAAAUGAUAUUGGGUCCAGUUUUCACGCUUCUCCGAUGCUUUGGCAUUAAUUUCCACGAACCGUCGACAAAGUGCCGUUUUCUUUACGAGACGGCCAAAAUCGGAUGGGCGAUGCUGACUCUGGGAACGUGUGGAUUUCGUUUGAUGAUCUACUUCCCUUACAUCUUUAGCAGUUCGUUUGCCGACGUGGAGUCUGGCAAAACUGUCACGCACCACUUGAUCGAAUUCCUUAAUUAUUGGGUCUACGUUUUAGCCGUUUACAUUGGAACCGUUUGCAUGGCCAGAUGGCCAGCCGCUAAGUUGUGGGCAACUAUGGAACAAGUGCUGUCUCAAAUCCCGUUCACUCGGGAGGACGUUGCCCGUUGUCGCAGAACUUCUAUCCAAUGCGUCUGUGGAUGUCUCGUAGCAUUGCUGCUGAAUUUUAUAUUUUUGCUGGCUGUGGAAAUGUCACUCGAAUCCUCCGGCAGGAGGACAGCAAUGACGUUUCUCUCUGUCGUCUACUUUUACUCGUUCGGAUCGUCUGUUCUUUUCAUCUGCUCCGGAAGAAUAAUUUGGACCGCUUUUGAAACGGUUGCUCGCCAGUUGGAGUUCAAUUGCUGUCCACCAUCAACCCAAUCAGACGCCGUUUGGAAGUAUCAACGGCAAUUUGGUGUUACAUGCCGGGCAGCCGAGAAGCUGGGCAAUACUUUUGGCUUUGUGCUUUUCGCCACUGUGUCGUACACUUUCAUCGGCUUCGUCAACGCGUCCUACAACUUGCUGAAAUCAUACCAAUAUUCGCCAUUAACAGCGAAUGAUGGAGAAGAUCAUUAUUACAUCAUUCCCAGGAUGAUACGAUUGGCGUACACGAUGGUUGAGCAUCUCUUCCGGUUGUGGUUGAUGUGCCACACGGCAGAUCUCAUCCGCGUCAAAGCCCUUUCUCUUGUCCCCGUUUUGCAAAGCAUCCGCAAUGACCUCUACUCCCGCCGAGGUUGCAACGAUGAAAGCCACGAGGUUCAUACUUUCUUGUUGGAAGUGUCUGAAACGUCACCAACGUUCGGAGUGUUGGGCAUGUUUACGCUCACUAAGCACAUAAUCAUUUCUCUAAUUGGCUCCACUCUAACUUACCUGGUGGUCUUGUGUCAAUUCAGCGCAGCCGACGUCAAUACGUCUGCACCCGUGGUUUUCAACAAUUCCAACCAUUAGUCGUGAAAUCAUCACAGG